CUCAGGCUCCACAUCCUUCAACAGCCUCUCUCUCUCUCUCUCUCUCACACACUCACACACACACACACACACACACUGCUCUCUGCUUGAACUCUGUGGGAACAGGAGAAAAAUUCACACAAGAAGAAGAGCAGGAGAAACCAAAGAGGAUGGGGAUGUGCCACCGUCCUUCCCAGAUGAUCCAAAGCUCCUCGGCUCCUCCAAUCCUUUUCCUCCUCUUCCUCCUGGGCAGCAGCAGGAGCAGCAUCGUCCCCUCCGCCUUCCAGCUGGCACCGGACACCCCGGCCCCGGCAGAGCCCACCCCCACCCAGGCCACUCCUCGUCCGGACCCCUGCGAGGGACGACCCUGCCUCAACGGGGGCGUCUGCCUGGCCCUGCUGGAGGACACCUGGGAAUACAUGUGCACCUGCAGUCAGGGCUUCACCGGGCGCAACUGUGAGUUUUUCACAGACCCGUGUGCCAGCAGCCCCUGUCUCCAUGGAAACUGCAGCCGGAGCGAUGAUGGAGGGGAGGGUGGGGAGGCGGCGGCCUACACCUGCGACUGCACCGAGGGCUACGAGGGGGGGAAGUGUGACCAGAUCCUGCCGGACCUGCCGCCCGCAGACUGGGACCCCUCCACCCCCUCGGCCCCUGAGCUGGCCACCCCCGUCGCCUCCACCACCGCGGCCGCCACUCAGCCGCCAACAACCACUACUGUCCCCCCCACCACUGUCCCCUCCACUACCACCACUACCACCACCACGACUCCACCUCCACCUCCCACCUUGCAGCCAUGGCAACCCAAAGCCGGACAGAGGCUGCUGGUGGUGCCGUGGGAGGCCGACAGGGUGACGGAGGGUCUGCACUGUGUGAGUCCAGAGCUGUGUGAGCUGACAUCAGGAACUCUCACUCUGUCUCUGGAAGUGCCCGAGGAGACGGCUGUAAAGGUGGAGGUGAACGCCAGUGGAGCUCCAGUGCUGUGGCGUGUGAAUGAAGAAGGUUUCCUCCGUUCCUCCAUUUUGAACGGCACUACCAUGUGGUUCCUGCAGGCCGCCGAUGGACUGGUGGUGUCGGACCACUUCCUGCCCCUGGGACAGAACUACUUCCUCAGUGUUUUGCGCGUGGGCACCCCCACGGCCCCGGAGGUCACGCUGCGUCUCAACCUGACGGUGAAAGCCAGCAGCUGUGUGGAGCCCGGCAGCAGCUUCAGCGACCCGCAGUGCUCCGGGAAGGGCAAAUGCAUCACACAGCCCUCUGAGAGCACUUUCUUCUGCGAGUGCGAGGACGGCUACACUGGAAUCUUUUGCGAAGAAUUUGACGCAUGCCACCGCCGGCCCUGUCGCAACAACGGCACCUGCACCGACGUCAGGCAGGGGGGGGAAGGACGCAACUUCACAUGCACCUGCCCUCCAGGUUAUGAAGGUGAGCGCUGCCAGUUGCUGGUGGAUCACUGCGUCUCUCAGCCCUGUAAGAACGCAGCCACAUGCUUCAGCAGUCUGGCCGGCCCCCGCUGCUACUGCCCUGAAGGCUACCAGGGAGCCACAUGUGAGCAGAAGGUUGACCCCUGUGCCUCCGGCCCCUGCCACAAUAACGGAACAUGCUACGCUCAGGGCCCCGGACCCCUGGGGUUCGGCUGUAGCUGCACGGCGGGCUUCACCGGCCCGACAUGCGCCCAGCUGGUGGACUUCUGCGCCCUGAACCCCUGCGCCCACGGGGUCUGCCGCAGCGUGGGCAACAGCUACAGGUGUCUGUGCGUCCCAGGCUACCAUGGCCUGUACUGUGAAGAGGAGUACAACGAGUGUCUGUCGGCCCCCUGCCAGAACUACGCCACCUGCAGGGAUCUCAUCAACGCCUACGAGUGUGUCUGCACAACACAGUUUGAAGGCACACACUGUGAGAUCUACAAGGAUCCGUGUCUGAAGAUGCGCUGCCAGAACGGAGGGCGCUGUGAGAGUGCAGGACUCAACGUCUCCUGUUCCUGCCAACCUGGAUACCUGGGGGAGAAGUGUGAGGUGGACAUCAACGAGUGUGAGAGCAGCCCUUGUCACCACGGAGGCACCUGCGUCGACCAAUCAAACGGCUUCACCUGUCACUGUCCACCUGGGUGGGUGGGGCCCAGCUGUGAGAUCCACCUGCAGUGGAAGCCGGCCCACACUGAGGACACCCUGACCAACAUGCCCCGCCACUCCCUGUACAUCAUCAUCGGAGCGCUGUGCGUGGCCUUCGUCCUCAUGCUCAUCAUCCUCAUCGUGGGCAUCUGCCGCAUCAGCCGCAUCGAGUACCAGGGCUCGUCGCGCCACGCCUACCAGGAGUUCUACAACUGCCGCAGCAUCGACAGCGAGUUCAGCAACGCCAUCGCCUCCAUCCGCCACGCCAGGUUUGGCAAGAAGGCCAGGCCCGCCAUGUACGAUGCGACUCCCAUCGCCUACGAGGACUACAGUCCUGACGACAAGCCUCUGGUCACCCUCAUCAAGACGAAGGAUUUGUAAAAAACACAUCCCAAGCUAAACACACACACAUACACACACACACACACACACACACACACACACACACACACACACACACACACACACACACACACACACACACACACAUAUAAACAGAGCGUCAGUAUACAUCUCGAAGUAUUUCUUAAGACAGAAACAACAGCAAAACAAAAUUGAAUGUAUAGUUAGGAACAAAACAUACUCUGUAGUUUAAAAAAUCUGGAAUUUGAUACAUCUAUUUUCCUGUCAAAGUCCACGAUAAGGCUUUAUUGUAGCAUACUUUGCAUUAUUAAGUUAUCCACGACACUACCGGUAACCUCCGCUGUACAAGAGAGAGGACUUUAGUCUGCACCGGACUGCCUGUCUGCGACCCGCGAGCCCAACAUUUCUACGUGUGAGCUCAGCAGACAGCGCUGAUGCCGUGCUGCUGGUGUGGUAGAAAUAGGUGCACUGCUCUCGGUGCGUACUCUGUAUCUUUUUCUAUAUCUUAACAAAAAAAAAUCUGCAGUAGGUUGCCUUACUUCGUGCAUGGUUAGAUUAGAUGUUCUCCGUAUUAUUUCAAAACCCUUUGUACUUGGUUGUUGUUGUUUUUCCUCAAGAUUGUACCAAAUAUUUUUUGGGGGGGAGCGGGUGAUUUGUGGUUAGUAGAGGAAAUACACACAUGUAUAAAAAUACUAGUCACACAGUUUUUUUU